AUGUCCGCACCAAGUACGGUGACCGACUUCCAAAAUGAACGCACCGCCAUCCUCUCCUGGCUUGAAGACCAAGCCCGACUUUUGAGACACCAACCAAGAUCCGACGCCAUCAAAGAAGUCAGAGUCAACCUCCGCGACCAGUCUCUUGAAUACCUCGAUCGACUAAAACAAGCUUCGAUUAUCAUGGCUUGUGAGGCCAAAGACCAUCCCUACGUGACAGCAAAGCCGCCGGGGUUCUACGAAGUCGUUGUUCCGAAAAUGUGCGAUGCGCUGCAAUUACGACUGCCGCAGCUUGCCUCGAGGCUUGGGACCAAUCCUAAAUGCAACAUGUGUGUUCAGUUCAUUAUUAUGAAUGUUGUGACCGAGCCCGGCUUCUAG